UUGAUGGCUCCAAAUACUACAUCUCCUGCAGCACCUUCCUCUCCUGGUGGCAUGUCUCUGUCUCUGCCCAUUGCCCUACUGUCUGUGGCCCUGGCUGUGGGGCUUCCCGGCAAUAGUUUUGUGGUGUGGAGCAUCUUGAAAAGGAUGCAGAAGCGCUCCGUCACGGCCUUGCUGGUGCUGAACUUGGCUCUGGCUGACUUGGCUGUGCUGCUCACUGCUCCCUUUUUCCUACACGCCCUGUCUCAAGGCACCUGGAGUUUUAGAGUGACCGGUUGCCGCCUCUGCCACUUUAUUUGUGGAGUAAGCAUGUAUGCCAGCGUCCUGCUUAUCACCAUUAUGAGUCUGGACCGCUCACUGGCAGUGGCUCGCCCCUUUGUGUCCCAGAAGGUGCGCACUAAGACGAUUGCCCGAUGGGUGUUGUUAAGCAUCUGGGUGGUGUCUUUUCUGCUGGCCGCACCGGUCCUUGCGUACCGUACAGUAAAACGGUACAACAGGACUCUGGUCUGCCGUUCGGAUUACCCUAGCGACGGGCAUAGUGCCUUCCACCUGCUCUUCGAAACCACCACGGGCUUCCUGCUGCCCUUCCUGGCGGUGGUGGCCAGCUACUCUGACAUCGGACGCAGGCUGCAGGCUCGGCGCUUCCGCCGCAGUCGCCGCACCGGCCGCCUGGUGGUGCUCAUCAUCCUGGCCUUCGCCGCCUUCUGGCUGCCUUACCACCUGGUGAACCUGGUGGAAGCCGGCCGGGCGCUGGCGGGCUGGGACAAGAACGACUCCGUGGGGCGGCGUCUGCAGCUGGCCCGCAACGUGCUCAUCGCGCUGGCCUUCCUGAGCAGCAGCGUGAACCCGGUGCUGUACGCGUGCGCGGGCGGCGGCUUGCUGCGCUCGGCCGGCGCGGGCUUCGUGGUCAAGCUGCUGGAGGCCACUGGCUCGGAAGGGUACAGUAGCUCCCGCCGCAGGGGCACCCUGGGCCAGACCCAGAAGGCCACACCCGCCAGUCCUGAGGAAGGCCCCUCUGACAACUUGAUGACCUCCUCCACCCCGUCCUGAGCGACGUGAACUGCUGUAGGCUGGGUGCAAAGACGUUCCUUAACUCUGGCCUGACCCACUUCUGUACCUGGAGGACAGUGGGCUGGGGGCUGGGCUCAAGCGGAAAAGAGGGCGGGGUGGGGCGCGUCAGGGCAAACAGUCAGCGUGCUCGGGCCUGGCUUCUGCCAGCAGCUUUAUGAUUAAAACUAACGUCU